GUAUUUGACGUCUGCCUUUAUCAUUGUAUGGGUCAUAUGAUACUGACGUUCUCAGUAUAAAAAGUUUUUAAUUUAUUAUUAAAUAUUGUUCCUGUCAAAAUUUGUUACGUGCCUUACAUAUGCACAAGUGAAUCAAAUUAAUAUAAUUGAAUAUAAAAUCAAUUUCAUAUAUCGUGUAAUAAUGUCAUUUUUUGGAGUAAAUGUCAAUCCAUUUUCGACACCAGUAGGACAGAAAAUAGAACAAGCUACAGAUGGUACUUUGCCAAGCGAAAAUUGGACACUUAAUAUGGAAAUAUGUGAUAUUAUAAAUGAAACAGAAGAUGGGCCAAGAGAUGCAAUUAAAGCAAUUAAACGCAGACUUAAUCAGGCUGCUGGAAAAAAUUACACUAUAGUCAUGUAUACUCUUACUGUAUUGGAAACAUGUGUAAAAAAUUGUGGAAAACGUUUUCAUGCUCUUGCUUGUUCACGAGAAUUUGUACAAGAAUUGGUUAAGUUAAUUGGACCAAAAAAUGAACCACCAACAGCAGUGCAAGAAAAAGUUUUAAGUCUAAUUCAAACAUGGGCAGAUACAUUCCGUCAUCAACCACAUACUCAAGGAGUUGUUCAAAUAUAUCAAGAGUUAAAAGUAAAAGGCAUACAAUUUCCAAUGACAGACUUAGAUGCUAUGGCACCUAUUAUCACUCCAGAACGAAGUGUACCUGAAUUAGAACAAAAUGUCAUGAAUAUACCUACAGUUGAACAACAAUCAACAACUUCUAUAACGCCACAAAUGCAACAAUCUCAGAAUCAAUCUUCUGGACAAUUAACUAUGUUGAAUGAACAACAAAUGGCUAAAUUACAAAGUGAACUUGAUGUUGUACAAGGAAAUAUGCGGGUUUUAUCAGAAAUGCUGGCAUAUUUUACAAGCUCAGAUCAGAAUAAUAGUCAACAACCUGAUCCUGCAGAUCUUGAACUUUUAUCUGAACUUCAUUCUACAUGCAAAGCAAUGCAAGAACGAGUUGUUGAUUUAAUUGGAAAGUUGGCUCAUGAUGAAAUGACAGCAGAAUUAUUACGUAUAAAUGAUGAAUUAAAUAAUUUAUUUUUGCGUUAUUCACGUUAUACAAAAAACAAGGCUGUUGCAGCAAGUACUAUUUUGGCACAAACAAUUGGUCAUCCACAAAAUAUAGAUUCUGCUUUAUCAAUUAAUAAACAAGAAGCUGAUUCUCUUAUUGACUUAUCUGAUGAAACUGAUGCUUUAGAAAAAAAAAUGACAAAAAUAGGUAUAUCUGAUAAUAUUGAAAAAAGUAGAAUAGACAGAAAAGAGAAAAAAGAAGGUGAUAAUGAUGAAUUUGAUAUGUUUGCACAGUCACGAAAUACAUCUUAUGACACUAUAAAGAACAGUGGUAGCAAAUAUGAGGAUAAUUUGGAGCAGGUGAGCGGAGGAAGUCUCAAUACAGCGAUUCUCAAUCGCAAUAAUCCUAAGUAUCCCCAGCAGACUGCUUCUACAGUUGCUUCUACUACCGCUACUUCUAUGAAUCGGGAAUCUGAAUUUAAUGAGAUGGCAGCCUGGUUAGAUCAUACGCCAGGAGCACAUGGUGAUCAAGAAUCCUUAACAUCGUCCGAGUUUGAGCGUUUCUUAGCAGAACGAGCAGCUGCGGCUGAAGCUUUACCAACAUUACCUGCAACUACUACUAAUACUGGAAGUACUACUAAUUCUGAAAACUCUAACAUUCAACGUCAAAUUAAUAAAGAUCAAGAUAAAUCUUUAUUUGCUCUUUAAACAUAAUUUUCAUAUUUACAUUCUAGAAAACAGAUGGAAAUUAAAUUUGUUCUGUUUUGAUCAUCAAAUAUAAAAUCUAAUAAAUCAAUGCUUCUAAUAAUGAUUCUAAUAUUAGGAACAUUGAUAAAAUAAAUUAAAAAAAAAAAAUACUAUACAAAGAAAAAUAAAGAAAAAUAAAAUGCUUUGCGCUUCUUUGUACUUAAGAAUAUAAUUGAUACUAAAUGAUCAUAAAUUAGCAUUUUAUUAAGUUGUAAAAAUUUAAUAAUAAUGAAUAACUUAUUUUAAAAUAAUCGUUGCGCGUAAAUAUUACAUGAUACAGAAGUAGGAAUUAUAUCUUAUAUUAUUUGUAUAUAAAAAGCACAUUGUAAGCAAAAUAAUAUUAAUAUUAUUAUAUUAUUAAUAAUAUAAUAUUAAUAUAUAAUACAAUGUGUGAUCUCAUGCCUUGGAACUAUAUAAGAAUUAUUAAUUUAUGCAGUUGCAUUUUUCAAAUUUACAAAUUUAAAAAAAUUUAAAUGUGAAUGAAAAGAAAUGAAUAUUUCAUUAUUGACUUUAUUAAGCUAUAGAUGGAAAUAUUUUUAAAUUUAUAUCUUAAUUUUAAUUAAUAUUCUGUAUAAAUAUGUAUUCAUGAUAUAUUCAUUAUUGUAGUAAUUUUGAUUUUUAUAAAGUAUUAUUAUCUUAGAAUAAUAGAAAUUUAUUAAUAGCAUUGUUAUUAUAUUAUAAUUAUGUACUGAUAUUACAGAUAAUUAAUAUAUUCUAAAAUUAUAUUAUAAGAAUAUAUCAUUGGUAAUAAGGAACAUUAUGUAUAUUUUUGUUUGUGAUUUAUGAUUUUUAAAUUAUAGUUUUAUUUUAAAAAAAGCAAAUUCAUUAAGCUUUAUAAUAAAAAUUAAACUUCUUUAUAAUAAUUUUAAAAAUGUGAUAAAACUAUAUUUAAAUAUUUAAUUUUAUAAAAUUAUUAUAUAUUGUAUCCUUCUACCAAUGAAUAUUUUACUUUAAUAUCAAAUAGUAAAAUAUUUUUACUAAAAAUAGAUUACUUUUGACAAAUAGUGCAACAUAGCACUAAAUAUAUUAAUACUUUUAUUCUAGAAUAGAUAAAAUAUUUAAAAAUAUCUCAAGUAGAUAUUUGAAAUAACUAAAAUUUGUUUAUUUAUAUAAAUUGUAUUUAAUAAUCUUAAUCAACUGUAAUCAAUUUCUAUGCAAUUUGUAUAAUCAUAAGAAAUUUUCUUCUAUUUUAUGUAAUUAUUAUGAUUAUUGGAUAUUGUAGGAAAAUUAAUUUUAUAUUUUCAAUAAUUUCUUUAUGUUAGAAAAUUAUAAUAAUGAUUUAAAAUUAUAUAUGAUUUUUUCAUUUUAUAAUAAACUUUUCUAAUAUUGUAA